AUCAAGCAGUUGAGAUUCGGCUGCUUACGUGGUAUUGUGCAUAGUUACUUUGUUUAGUGACGGUAAAGCUUGAAUGAUAUUGGGCUUGAAUUUGAUUUGUGUUUGAAUUUAUUUCAGUGUUAAAUUCUUGGGCUGAUUAACUUUUCAAUCUUACUAUAUGUUUGUGUUUCAUGGACCUUUUUCCAGAAACAUACUUUUACUAUUUAAAUAAAAAGAUUUUAAUUUAUACACAAAAAAUACAAUGGCAACAGUUUCAUUGUCUUCGGUUCCAAAACGUUUGCGUAUGGUUGAAGACUUUCGGUGCACGUCUUGUCAAGAGCUGAAUCUCGAGGAAUCUGCAGAUAUUUACUGUGAGGCAUGUCAGAAGUUUUACUGUAAAAGAUGUGGUCACCUUCAUAAUCAGCUUUCUACAGAACAUACUACUGUUGGAGUGGGAGAUAUUAAGAAAUGGCCAGUUCCAAAGGAGGUGGAGGAUUUUCUCAGGAUGUGUGAAGCACAUGAGGAUAAAACACUGACACAGUUUUGCCAAGACCACACUCAGCUGUGCUGCUCUGAUUGUGUUGUAAAAAUCCACAGCCAGUGCAGUAAAGUGACCCAGAUUUCGGAGCUGACCAACUCGCAGCCCACAGGCCUAGAGGGGCUGUCAGUGGAGCUGGAAACUGUCCUGGGGGAAAUUAAAACCCUGCAAAUCAGUCAGAAGGCCAGCAUUCAGUCAUUGCAGAGAACAUACAAGGAACAUAGUGCAGUUAUGAUAGAGCAAAUGCUUGGCAAUUUAAAUACUUAUAUAGAUGAAUGUGAUAAUAGUUCUGUGGGUACAUCAGGCGGAAAUGAGCAAUAUUUAAAAGAAGAGAUGUGUAGGAGUGUUCUCUCUAUCGUGAAUGAAUUUGAUAAUAUUACUGCGAAGGAACUUAACGAGAUGAAAGAUGAAGUUAUAAGUAUUAAAGAGUCAGUUACAAGUUCUAUUCAUAAAUGCACCACUCUUCACAAUGACUUGUCACAAUUCCAUGAACUUGUUCAGAAAAUUGGAGAUAAUAAGGAGCUCUGUCUUAUAGCCAGCAUAAAAUGUAAGCAUAUAAUACAGCAGGCAUUGACUCUGCUAGGAAAGUCAGGCAAGGCGUUUAACGUCCAGCGGAAGUCUGUGCACAAUGUGAGAAUACCAAGUGAUUCAGUUACAUGUGAUAUCUCAGGCAUAUGUGUUCUUCCAGACGGACAGGUCCUGGUUGCAGACUUCGAUAAUAAGAGAGUCAAGCUUCUGAGCCAGCAGUACCAGGUGGUGAGUCACUGGGAUGUGAAUGCUUAUCCACGGGACAUAUGUUUGAUCACACCGAAUGAGGUUGCUGUGGCUGUGAAUGACGAUGAUAGCAAGAUACAUGAGGUCCAGUUUAUCACUGUCAACCAGGGAAAGCUUGUUCCUGGCAGGAAGUUUCAGUUACAACAUGAAUGUAGAGGUAUUGCCCAUCACCUAGGAGACCUUUUUGUCACCUCUGGUAAAGAAUUGUACAAAUACUCACUGAAUGGCAAACUGAUCUGCAGUCUCUAUGGAGAUAGAUCAGGUGAUUAUACAGUAAGGAAGUGUGCUGUGAGUCCCACAGGAGACAGGCUGUACAUCACCAGCUUCUGGCAGCACAAGCUUCUCACCCUGGCCAGGGAUGGCACACUCCUGGCUACAUACACAGACACAGCACUAGGUGGCCCACAUGGUCUACAUGUGACCCCUGCAGACCAGGUGCUGGUCUGUGGACGCUGGUCCGACACUGUACUACAGGUGGGCUGGGAGGGAGAGAGUAAGCUGGCUACUUUUGCUACUCAGGAGGAUGGAGUGAGGAGGCCAUGGUCAGUCUGCUACAGCAGCACUACAUCAUCCAUCAUUGUGGGACAGAGGAGGGACAACAUCCUGGUGUUCAGAGUGGAAUAGUGUGUACAUUGGCUGCUGAGUCAGAACAAGGAUGCUGAGGAUGUGGUGGACAAGGAUGACAUGACUACGCAGAAGCAACUGCUAAGCACAGAAGACAACGGAGUAGUGAAAGGCUCAGCCAAAUCAAAGUCCAGCGAUGUGAGGGUGACACAGCCUUUCCAUGUCCUUGUAUUGCAACAUGAAGGACAUUUUAGCUGAAACUAACAAGGGAGAGAACUGUAGAUCUGCACCAGCACAGAGCACCAGCAUUGAUAUCGAGUUGGCCCAGCAACCGCACGAGUCCCGCCUGCAGGAGCCCCAGUCCAGAACGACCCUUCCCCUCCCCUGACUUCUAACUCCUCCCCCUUGACCUCCUGACUCAAAAAGUCAGCAUCGUUGAACAACUCCCUUCUGCAGAAAAUUCUGAGCAUGAUUCUGGUCUGAACAAACACAAUGCCCACGUCAAGUUGUCCACACAUAAGCCUGGGUAGUUCUGUUAAGCUAGAGUUCCGCGUGGGCCUGAGAGGGACGAGUUUUACAAACACGAAAAGUUAUAGCUGUAGUUAUGGUAACGCUAACAGUCAGUUGUUGCUGUUGGACAUCACAACAAAUAUCCUGAAGAAUAAAAAGUUCAAUAACUUGUUCCAAUCUUUAUGGGACAAACAGAAAUUGGACGGGAGAAAAUCAAGGAACAAUAAAAGCGUAAGCUUUCCUAGUGGGAUGCUUCUGCUGUUGAUAGUUUGGACGACAAUAGGUUUACGGACUGCCCCAGAUUGUCCUCUCAGCGGCCAAAAUAUCAUAAUAGAACGGACUUUUGGCAAUGUUACCGACAAAGAAAGGCAGUAAUGACUUGGUUGUGAAUACCCAGAGCACGAUACAUCCAUGCUGACACAAAAAGGCAGUUAUGACUUGAUGGUGAAAACCCAGAGCACGCUACAUCCUUGCUGACCAAGAAAUGCAGUAAUGACUUGGUUGUGAAUACCCAGAGCAUGCUACAUCCAUGCUGACACAGAAAGGCAGUAAUGACUAUGCUGUGAACACCCAGAGCAAGAUAUAUCCAUGCUGACACAGAAAGGAAGUAAUGACUAUGCUGUGAACACCCAGAGCAAGAUAUAUCCAUGCUGACACAGAAAGGCAGUAAUGACCAUUCUGUGAACACCCAGAGCAAGAUAUAUCAAUGCUGACACAGAAAGGAAGUAAUGACUAUGCUGUGAACACCCAGAGCAAGAUAUAUCCAUGCUGACACAAAAAGGCAGUAAUGACUAUGCUGUGAACACCCAGAGCAAGCUACAUCCAUGCUGACACAGAAAGGAAGUUAUGACUAUGAUGUAAACACCCAGAGCACAAUACAUCCAUGCUGACACAGAAAGGCAGUAAUGACUAUGCUGUGAACACCCAGAGCACGCUACAUCCAUGCUGACACAGAAAGGAAGUAAUGACUAUGCUGUGAACACCCAGAGCAAGAUAUAUCCAUGCUGACACAGAAAGGCAGUAAUGAUUAUGCUGUGAACUCCCAGAGCAAGAUAAAUCCAUGCUGACACAGAAAGGCAGUAAUGACUACGCUGUGAACACCCAGAGCACAAUACAUCCAUGCUGACACAGAAAGGCAGUAAUGACUUGGUUGUAAACACCCAGAGCACAAUACAUCAAUGUUGACUCAGAAAGGCAGUAAUGACUUGGUUGUGAACACAGAACACGAUACACCCAUGCUGACACAGAAAGGCAGUAAUUACUUGGCUGUGAACACAGAGCACAAUACAUCCAUGAGGAAACAGAAAGGCAGUCAUGACUAUGCUGUGAACACCCAGAGCACGAUAAAUCCAUGCUGACACAGAAAGACAGUAAAGACUUGGUUGUAAACACCCAGAGCACAAUACAUCCAUGAUGACACAGAAAGGCAGUAAAGACCUUGUUGUAAACACUAAGAGAUCCAUACAUCCAUGGGGUGUGCCACAGCCCGAAUUACGCCCACUAUUGUGAACAAGGUGCUUAAAGUGAACAUGUCUGGUUUUGGUAUGAGGACUUAGCACUCCAAGCCUAAAAGGCCUCGCAUUGAAUUGAUGCAAGAGAAGGCUUUGAAAAAUAACAGCAGUUUUGUUGUGUGGUCUAGUACGCCCUUCGACUCUCAACCUGAAGAAAGCAGAACUCAAACUCGGCUCUUAUCAAUAUCAGCAAGGCCAGCAUGUCAUAUCAGCUUAUUGAGCUUCAGAAAUUCAGCACGAAGACAUCUUGCGUCAGACUACCAAGCCUCCUAUCAAUAUCUCCUCCCAUGUUGGCUUCAUCAACACUUCCAACAGAGCCUUGGUGAGUUCGACUUCCGUCUCAGGCAUCGAUGUCGCUUAGCAACAAUUGGAUGAUGGGCGUCGACAAAUUAGGCCGGACAAGUCGCUCAAACUGAAACGAUCUGAUCCAACAGGUAGAGCAGGCAUUGCGUGACACGUCCGUUAAUGUGACUGACCUCAUUAUGUUGUUCUCGAAUAAUGUGAACCUUAGGCCUGGAGAGCAGUUUGCGAAUUGACGCCAUUCAACAACAGUUGUUGUUGGCAAUUCUCGGGUUUGGGGUGGCGACUUCGGCGUCAGGACUCGCUCCAUCUCUGUCCAUGGCCCAGUCGCAGCAGCAGCAACAAGAAAAAUAAGUAGUAUCUUAGGGGUGUUCUGGGAUAUGGGGCUUCAUGUAUGUGCUUAAAGUGUCAUCCCAGAUUAGCCUGUGCAGACUGCACAUACAUAAAGUCCUAUUAAAGUGUCAUAGUCUUAUUAAAGUGUCAUCUCAGAUUAGCCUGUGCAGACUGCACAUACAUUAAGCCCUAUUUUCCCAGAAUGAGACUCGUAUACUUCACUUUACAUCAGUAUUUUAUGUGCCUGAAAAGUUCCUAGCAUAAAAUGGGAAUUAUGUGCUUUUACAUUGAUCACACUUAGUAAAUAAAAUGCAAAUAGCACUUGAUCUGAUAUCAAUUUUAAUCAUAGAAGGUAAGGGCAUUAAGUUUUGUAUAAUUUCGACCAAAAUUAAGCCCCUGAACCAAAAGUUUAUCCUUGCAUAAAAAUCUGCUUUAAUAGAAUUGUUAAAUUAUAUUUAAUUUUAGUAAAAUAAUUAUGUAAAAGCCUUCAGCUCAUUUUAAAAGUCUUUUCGUCAUUUAUUUUCAAGCUUUAUUUAAAUUCUUGGAUUUUGUUUUAAGAGCCUGUUCCUACAGGAACCUAUGCAAUCAUAGAUCGGUACCUAGCUGAACAACAGGCUGUAUGGUCAGCUGGUCCCAGACGCCCAGUGACACUUCCUGGCCCAGGACCUUGGGGCAAAUGCUCAACUAUACCUACCCGCAGGGUGGAGCCACUCUGAACCUGGGGCUCCAUACUUUCUUGGCCAGGGGCCAAGUUUACCUUGUCAAUAAUGUACAUGUAGGGACACAUUCCUUGGAUGCCCUAAGGUUUCUCUAUCUGUUCACAAAGGUCUUCAUACUCACAAGUUCAAGCCCAGUGAGCGAUGUUCACAUUAUCAAACUCUGCAUAUCAAUAGCAUUUGCACCAGCAACAGUCAUCAUCUCGAGUUACUGGCAUCUCUAUGGUGUGGAACCCUCCGUCUUUGAACAUCAUAACAGCACAUGAACCAGUGGCACUCAUCAUCUCAAGAUUCUGGUAUAUCCAUGGUGCAGGACCCUCGGUCUGCAAAGAUCAUGCAGAGCGAACCUCAGAUGCCAUUUGAUGAAAUCAAACCAUUCAAUCAGAAACACAGCCUGUUGCAGCAGUUGUUACCAUAUUGACCCCAGUCAAACCUAAGAAGUCCAUAGAUAAAUACUUUUUUAGAUGUGCUAGUCUUUACGUACCUCCUGGUUUGUUCAGCACUUACUCUGACUCUUUUAAUUUAAUGACGGGUGAAAAUGAAUGACCUUGUUCAGUUCGAAAUGACACAUCACAACAAUUCAAGUGGAAAGCCAGAAAGUCAUGUCAACAGCCACAUUUUGUAUGUGUAACAGCCAAGUUGUUUUUAAAGAAAAACAAUAUUUUACAUUUUAUUUUUUAUUUGACCAAUGUUUCAUGGGAAUUAUGAUGCUGUCAGUCUCUUUAUGUUGAAAGUUUUGGUUAAAAAUAGCAUGUUAAUUUUUUUUUUAAAGCACACAUAUUGCACUUUAUAUCCAAUGUCUUUGUCUGUAUAAUGAAUUUUUCACUACAUAUUUUGAUCCUUAUAAUGGUAAAUGUAUGGGAAAAACAAUUUUAUCAAAGAUAUUCUAAGAUUGUCAAGUCUGUUUAAAUGAUGCUGGUAACUUUGACAAAAUUGAAAAAAAAAGGAGUAUUUUCAUAUUAUAAGAUAUGUUUCAGUUGUCUGUUUUUACCCGUAAUAUAGAUAAGCUAAUUUAAUGAAUUGUUCACGAAGGUUUAUAACUUUUACACUUCAGCUUUUUCUGUCUUUUAAUCCUUCCGAAAACAAUACUAGUCAAUUUGCUGAUUUGGGUCGGUAUUCGAUCAUGAAUCUUGUUUAGUAGCAUACUAUUUCAUUGGAAUAAUAAUACAUUCUGGGAAAAAUUAUUUAAUCUAACUAAAAUUAUUGAUUCUGUAAAUACCACUUUGUUGAUUUCAAUGGAUAUUGUUUGUAAAAUAAUAUAGUAUGACUAUUGCGUGUUUGGGAAAGCUUUUAAUGAAACUGAGUAUUAUAAAAAACAAAAAAACAAAUAAAGAGUUUUAUGAAAAUUGUCAAAACUUAUUAUUGUUAAUUUGUGUUGUUAGAUCAUAGAUGUGUAUGCUCACAAUUGUUAAACUUUGUUUUUGGACACAAUAGUUCAUUAUGCGUAUCCUCUUUAAUAAGUGAGUAACUUAAUCAAGAUUUAUUGAUCACUGUAUAUAUUCUGUAGGUAUAUUUUGCCAUUUAUACAUAAAGCAACUGUAGAACAAUUGUAUUUUAAAUGUAAAUUAUUCUUGUAUUGUUGCCAUUUGUAUAAUAUAAACUAACUGUUUACCUUAGUUUGUAAAAACCUUUGUAAAAAAAACAUUUCUGUGUGAAUGCUCAUAUAUAUAUUAAACUGUUAAAAUAAUGCACAGUACCAGAAAAAAAUAGUCAAUUACACAGUAAGGGAAAGUGUUGUCAUAUGCUAACAAUUGUAUAAAAUUGCAAUUGUCUCUAUUUGUAAUAAUUAGAGAGCAAUAUUAUUUGCUUAAAAAAUAAAGAUGUCUGCUUUGUAAAUUAAUAAUUGUGUUUACAUCUCAACAUAACACGUAAAUACAUUAAAGUCUAAAAGGAUUUUUUUGAAUAAACACUUAAAUAAAUAUAUGUGCGUGUAUACGCUGAUAAAAUUUUUUACAUUUCAUUUAGUUUUGUAACAGCGCAUUUGACCUUUCACGUUGACCAUCCCACACUUGCUGUCAGUGCAGUGCCUUCAUUAGGGUCAUUUUUAUGCUCCUGGUAGGGUGGCAUAUAGCAGUUGAACUGUCCGUCAGUAUGUCAGUCUGUCCUUUUGUCCGAAAAAAACUUAAACAUUGGCCAUAACUUUUUGAAUAUUGAAGAUAGCAACUUGAUAUUUGGCAUGCAUGUGCAUCUCAUGAAGCUGCACAUAUUGAGUGGUGAAAGGUGAUGGUCAAGGUCAUCCUUCAAAGUCAAAUGUCAAAUUUAUGGCGUCUGUCCGUCCGUCCAAAACUUUAACAUUGGCCAUAACUUGUUCAAUAUUGAAGAUAGCAACUUGAUAUUUGGCAGCCAUGUGUAUCUCAUGGAGCUACACUUUUGAGUGGUAAAAGGUCAAGGUCAUCCUUGAAGGUCAAAGGUCAAAAAAAUAAUCAAAGUGGCGUUCCUAUGAAGCUGCACAUUGUGAGUGGUUCAAGGUCAAGGUCAUUAGUCAAGGUCAUCCUUCAAGGUCAAAGGUCAAAAAAAUAAUCCAAAGCAGCGUUCUCAUGAAGCUGCACAUUGUGAGUGGUGUGAGUUCAAGGUCAAGGCCAACCGUCAAGGUCAUCCUUCAAGGUCAAAAGUAAAAAAAAAAUUCAAAGCGGCGUCCUCAUGAAGCUGCACAUUUUGAGUGGUGGACGUUCAAGGUCAAGGUCAUCCUUCAAUGUCAAAGGUAAAAAAAAAAUCAAAGCGGCGCAAUAGGGGG